AUGAUGAACAGGAAACGACUCUGCGCUUGUCUCGCAACGAGCAAAAAGAGCAAUAGCCUGUGCAACAAUGUGCUCAGUCGAAAAAACCAAGAUCUUGUGGAAUCAUACCUCGCCAAAAUUUCUAGCAGUGCCGUUCCUGUGUCCGAGUCUUUUGGAUCACUCGCGCAGGUUGCCUUCUGCUAUACGCACGUCAAGAAUGCUGCCCACGCUGGCAAACAGUGGUAUGAAGAAUGGAAGUCUAAGGGCGAUGCCGCUGAACAAGAAAAUGAGUCUUCCACUGAAUGGCAACCUCAUUCACUUCCAGCCAGUACUAGUCCCAGUGAGGCUAGCUUCUAUGAAUUGGACGAAGAUAGUACCCUCAUUUCGAGUCCCUCAUCGCCGAUGAGGUAUAGCCAUAUGGCGCCAGGCAUGUCCGAGGAAGAUAGGGCAAAGCGUGUCACCAGGGUCUUGGAACAAAUAGCCAAGGAAAAAGAUAUGAGGAAAGGGAUUGUUUAUGUUCUCCGAGUCUCCGAGUCUUUUGGUGAAUCACCAGGAUUGUUCAAGGUUGGAUACACAGAGGAUGGAAUCGAUGCGCGCAUAGAUUUUCACGAGAAAUGCCACGGAAAAAUUACUUUGCUCGACUCUAAGCCGACAAAAUGGGGUUGUCGGAUAGAGAAACUGGUUCAUGCAGAUCUCUACAGGUUCCAUCACAAGCAGAGCAAGGAGUGUCUUGAAUGUCGGGUUCACCACCGGGAGCUGUUUAGGGUCAAGGAAGAGGAAAUCUGGAAAAGUCUGCACAAGUGGACCAGGUUUUUCCUUAAUUAUCCCAAUCCCUACAACAAGGAUGGGACUCUAAAUGAGCGAGUGGAAUUGCCCUAUCCCGCUUUCAGACGCGAAUCUUCGGGCUCAACUCCUACAAAGAAAGGUCCAAAGAAAAGUCAUAUGUCCACUAUGUCUAGUAAGAAACAUUCUACUAAAGACGAGGACGAUGGUGAAGUAUUCAGUCAAAAAACGAGUGUUUCCCGGCUCGAUUUUCUGGGUUCUCGAUUAAGUCGGCUGAAUAUUGAAGGUUAG